AGGGGGGAGUUAAGGAUGUGUCCGGGGCGAGUCGGGGAGGGACUUGGCAGUGGGGGUGGGGAGGGGGAUUUUUUCUCCAGCUGCUGCGGCUUUCCAGAGAGACUGGGCCAGGCCACGUGGGAGGGAGUCAGGGAGGGCGGCGGGGGUGGGGGGUGGGAGGAAAGGAGCCUCCACUGGGCCAACCCCAGGCCCAUCUCCAGGAAAACAGCGGGUGGAAGGGUGCUGGAAACAGCUCGGACCCUAGCUCGUCCUGCAAGACACGCCCCUUUCCCUCGGAGACCGUGGACCCGGCUGGAAGCCGGUAGAAGCUCGGUGCGCGGGGCUGGGCCGCAGAGGCCGGAGGCCCCGGAGUUGUCAGGGGAGCUGCCAUUGCCCCAGGAGACAACUGUCCAGCUGAGCUGUGAUGAGGGACCCCUGCGAGUGGUCCUGGGCCCUGAGCAGGCUGUGGUGCUGGACUGCACUUUGGGGGCUGCUGCCGCUGGACCGCCAACCACGGUGACGUGGAGCAAGGAUGGAGAUGUUGUGCUGGAGCGUGACAACCUGCACCUGCUACCCAAUGGCUCCCUGCGGCUGUCCUCACCCCUAGAGCCAGAAGACAGUGAUGAUGAGGAAGCUCUUAGCGUCUGGAAGGUCAUUGAGGGCAGCUAUUCCUGUCUGGCCCAUGGCCCACUGGGAGUAGUGGCCAGCCAGGUUGCUGUGGUCAAGCUUGCCACACUCGAAGACUUCUCUCUGCACCCCGAGUCCCAGACUGUGGAGGAGAAUGGGACAGCACGCUUUGAAUGCCACACAGAGGGGCUGCCAGCCCCCAUCAUUACUUGGGAAAAGGAUCAGGUGACCGUAACUGAGGAGCCCCGGCUCAUCACUCUUCCCAAUGGCGUCCUUCAGAUCCUGGAUGUCCAGGACAGCGAUGCAGGUUCCUACCGAUGUGUGGCCACCAAUUCAGCCCGCCAACGAUUCAGCCAGGAGGCCUUACUCAGUGUGGCCCUCAGAGGGUCCUUGGAGGCUACCAGGGGCCAGGAUGUGGUCAUAGUGGCAGCCCCAGAGAACACCACAGUGGUGUCUGGACAGAGUGUAGUGUUGGAGUGUGUGGCCUCCGCUGACCCCACCCCUUUUGUGUCCUGGGUCCGACAGGAUGGGAAGCCUAUUUCCACGGAUGUCAUCGUUCUGGGCCGGACCAAUCUACUCAUCGCCAGCGCGCAGCCUCGGCACUCUGGAGUCUAUGUCUGCCGGGCCAACAAGCCCCGCACCCGAGACUUCGCCACUGCCGCUGCUGAGCUCCGAGUGCUUGCUGCCCCAGCCAUCUCGCAGGCGCCCGAGGCGCUGUCGCGGACCAGGGCCAGCACUGCGCGCUUCGUUUGCCGCGCGUCCGGGGAGCCACGACCUACGCUGCACUGGCUGCACGACGGGGCCCCGUUGCGACCCAACGGGCGCGUCAAGGUGCAGGGCGGUGGCGGCAGCUUGGUCAUCACUCAGAUCGGCCUGCAGGACUCUGGUUACUACCAGUGCGUAGCGGAGAACAGCGCGGGAACCGCCUGUGCGGCUGCGCCCCUGGCGGUGGUAGUGCGCGAGGGGCUGCCCAGUGCCCCGACUCGGGUCAAGGCAACGCCGCUGAGCAGCUCCGCUGUGCUAGUGGCCUGGGAGCGGCCUGAAUUGCACAGCGAGCAAAUCAUUGGCUUCUCUCUUCACUACCAAAAGGCAAGGGGAGUAGACAAUGUGGAGUACCAGUUUGCAGUAAACAAUGACACCACAGAGCUGCAGGUUCGGGACCUGGAACCCAACACGGAUUACGAAUUCUACGUGGUGGCCUACUCCCAGCUAGGGGCCAGCCGGACCUCCAGCCCAGCCCUGGUGCAUACACUGGACGAUGUCCCCAGCGCAGCACCCCAGCUCUCCCUGUCCAGCCCCAACCCUUCGGACAUCAGGGUGGCAUGGCUGCCCCUGCCCUCCAGCCUGAGCAAUGGACAGGUGGUGAAGUACAAGAUAGAGUACGGUUCAGGGAAGGAAGAUCAGGUUUUCUCCACUGAGGUGCCGGGAAAUGAGACUCAACUUACGUUAAACUCACUCCAGCCAAACAAGGUAUACCGAGUCCGGAUUUCAGCUGGCACUGGGGCUGGCUACGGAGUCCCUUCUCAGUGGAUGCAGCACAGGACACCUGGUGCACACAACCAAAGCCAUGUCCCCUUUGCCCCUGCAGAAUUGAAGGUGAGGGCAAAGAUGGAGUCCCUGGUGGUGUCAUGGCAGCCGCCCCCUCACCCCACCCAGAUCUCUGGAUAUAAACUCUACUGGCGAGAGGUGGGAACAGAGGAGGAGGCAGAUGGUGACCGCCCCCCAGGGGGCCGUGGAGAUCAGGCUUGGGACGUCGGGCCGGUGCGGCUGAAGAAGAAAGUCAAGCAGUAUGAGCUGACCCAGUUAGUCCCUGGCAGGCUGUACGAGGUGAAGCUAGUAGCUUUCAACAAACACGAGGACGGCUACGCUGCUGUAUGGAAGGGCAAGACGGAGAAGGCGCCCACACCAGAUCUGCCUAUCCAGAGGGGGCCACCGCUGCCUCCGGCCCAUGUCCACGCGGAAUCAAACAGCUCCACCUCCAUUUGGCUUCGGUGGAAGAAGCCAGACUUUACCACAGUCAAGAUUGUCAACUACACUGUGCGCUUCGGCCCCUGGGGGCUCAGGAAUGCCUCCCUGGUCACCUACUAUACCAGCUCUGGAGAAGACAUCCUCAUUGGCGGGCUGAAACCAUUUACCAAGUAUGAGUUUGCAGUACAGUCCCAUGGUGUGGAUAUGGAUGGGCCUUUUGGCUCUGUCGUAGAACGCUCCACCCUGCCUGACCGGCCCUCAACACCUCCUUCUGACCUGCGUCUGAGCCCCCUGACACCAUCCACUGUUCGGUUACACUGGUGUCCCCCCACGGAGCCCAACGGCGAGAUCGUGGAGUAUCUAAUUCUCUACAGCAACAACCACACCCAGCCGGAGCACCAGUGGACACUGCUCACCACAGAGGGAAACAUCUUCAGUGCAGAGGUACAUGGCCUAGAGAGUGACACUCGGUAUUUCUUCAAGAUGGGAGCCCGGACAGAGGUGGGGCCUGGGCCCUUUUCUCGAUUGCAAGAUGUGAUCACUCUACAGGAGACAUUCUCAGACUCCUUGGAUGUGCACUCUGUCACAGGCAUCAUCGUGGGCGUCUGCCUGGGCCUUCUCUGUCUCCUGGCCUGCAUGUGUGCUGGCCUGCGACGAAGCUCGCACAGGGAAGCCCUCCCCGGACUGUCCUCCACGGCCACCGCUGGGAACCCAGCACUCUACUCAAGAGCUCGGCUCGGGCCCCCCAGUGUCCCCGCUGCCCAUGAGUUGGAGUCCCUUGUGCAUCCUCGUCCCCAGGACUGGUCCCCACCGCCCUCGGAUGUGGAAGACAAGGCUAAAGUGCACAGCCUUAUGGGUGGCAGCGUUUCAGAUUGCCGAGGCCACUCCAAGAGAAAGAUCUCCUGGGCUCAGGCAGGGGGACCAAAUUGGGCAGGCUCCUGGGCAGGCUGUGAGCUGCCCCAGGGGAGUGGUCCAAGGCCGGCUCUAACCCGGGCUCUGCUGCCUCCAGCCGGAACUGGGCAGACACUGCUGCUGCAGGCUCUGGUGUAUGAUGCCAUAAAGAGCAACGGGAGAAAGAAGCCGUCCCCAGCCUGCAGGAAUCAGGUGGAGGCCGAAGUCAUUGUCCACUCCGAUUUCAGUGCAUCCAAAGGAUGUCCUGACCUCCACCUCCAAGACCUGGAGCCCGAGGAGGCCCUGCCUGCAGAGGUUCUGCCUCCCACUGCUGGGGUCGUGGAUUUGUCCCAAGGAGCAGACUGGCUGGGCAGGGAGCUGGAAGAGUGCCAACCAGCAACCACUGGGCCAGAGAGGCUCACCUGCUUGCCAGAAGCAGCCAGUGCCUCCUGCUCCUGCUCAGACCUCCAGCCCAGCAGUGCUGUAGAGGAGGCCCCUGGGAAAGGCUGCCAGCCCAAAGCCCUGUGUCCUCUAGAAAUCAGCCCAAGCCUUCCCAGAGCCCCUGUCUCCUCUGCUCAGGUGCCCUGAGCAGAAGGCUGAUACGGCUCAGGGACAUGACAUGCAUGGCCACACGGUGUACCAGAGAUAUCAACAAGCCCUUUGGAGCCUCUAGGAUCCUUUGGCUGGGGUGAGGGAGAACUUUAUUCUCUCCCCUAUAUUUUGCAUCACAUAUGUGAUACAGGAGGGACUUGAGACACAGCUGCAUGUGAUGGACAGGUGUGUGUGCUGGUUGAGCUGGGAAACCUCUCCCUAUGUAGCAGUCACUGGGGUCUGAUUGACCCUCCAUGGCAGGACGGUGUACCAGUGAUCAGUGCCAGGUCUUUGAGCUUUAGCCUUGUCACCUAGCCUUUUAUUACACUCUGAGAGUGUCUCCAGUGCUGUGUCUACAAAGAGGUGCCAGCCCCUCUUCGGUCAGCUGUGCUGAGCAGAGUGCCAGUCAACCGCAGGCCUACGACACGGCAACAGCACGGCCGUCAUCCCCCUGGCCUCCUAAGGUCCAGACGGCUGGGUGAACCCAGCUCUCCUUUGAGCAGCUCUGUACCUAAUUUUGUAAUCUGGGAAGUGCCUGGUUUGGGAAAUCUUCUUUCGCCCCACCCCCAUCCCCCAGUCCCUCGCUGCCCCUUCAUUGUUCUGGUGGUCUGUCUCAUGUCAUCUUGCUCCCUAAUCCUGGGGCCCUUCUCUUUCCCAUGAUGCCCCUUAUUUCCUCACGGCUGUUUCCAUUUCUGUCUCCAACGCUUGUCUUUGUGUCGUGUGUUUCUCGUCCCUGAGUUCAACCUAUGCACCCUUCCCUAACAACAUGACUACCUCAUGUCUGCUUCAGACCAUAGUGUGACCGCUGGGUCCCCACAGCUCCCCUGCCAACUGCCUUCCUGGGCAGAUGAUCCACUCCAGGUAGAUCUGGAGAAGACUUUGUAGCUUCCCUGGCUGCCGUCUCCUUGGUAUUGAGAUGAACCCAGGCCACACCAGGGAAGCCCUGAGAAGGGGUAGGCACUGAUACCAAAAGGCUUAAUAAAAUGACUGCCCCCCAUCUGCACAGAGAAAUGAGUGCAUGCUUUGCCAUGCAGUCCUGGCCAAAGCUGAAGGGGUGAGGAGAAGGUAGUUACCAGAGCUGCAGUGACUCAGCUCCCUGACCUUGGAGCCUUGAACCUGACUGGAUUCAGGGUGGCAAAGAGUUUCCUCCAAGAUGCUAGAAGGGAAGUCUCUGCACAGGAAAAGGGCGGCUGGCUCAUUUUGUUUUAUCUUCCUUUACACUGAAUCCAGAAAUCAUCUUACCACAUAGGGCCAAGCCUGAUUGGUAUUUCCUGAGUCACGGAAGCCAUACCAUCUCCUUGAUUUCUCACUUCAGCCGUGUUCCAGGAUCAUCGAAUGUGGGAUCUGUGCUCUCUUUCUGCACAUCUUUCUAUUUUACUGGCUGGCACACCAAUCAUUAACUCUGGCUUCUGGGCCAAAUUAGAAAUAACCAGUCUAUCUCUCUAUAUCUUCCUUCCUUCCUUCCUUCCUUCCUUCCUUCCUUCCUUCCUUCCUUUCUCUUUCUUUUUUUGUCUUUCAGUGGAGUUGCAGCUCCUGAAACAUCUGUGUUUAUAAGCCUCAUGUGUCAUUCAUGUAUGACUCCACCUACAUUUCCUCCCCCCCACUUCAGCCAGCCUAUGAUAACACUAAAGAUUAUUAAUGCUGGUUUCGUAUCUCGUUAAAGACAGGAUUGUCACUUGAACUACUUCUGCAGCAUUCAGAGUGGCCACGGCCAACACCACCGGAUGUUUAUUCAUUGCUCUGAAGGUCAAAAGUCUCAUUUUGUUUUCCUGGUUAGAUUCCCCACCCCCAACCCCCCUUGCCUUGAAUGAAAUAACCGUUUUAACAGUAGGCUCUUAGCAUCACACCACAUAGUCAUUCCUCAUGUUCUUGUUUAACAAGCACUGAGGUUCUGGUUUAAAUUAAACAGCUGCAAAUGAGACAAUUUAUAACCCAUUAGGCUGGGUGGAAAAUUGUUUCUCAAAAGCAAAUAAGUAAUAAAUCUGGUAUCUGCCUAUAACUCACAGUUGAUAAGAAAGUAGCCAGUACUCACUAGCGUUAUAUAUGAUUUGGGUUCUGAGUAACUGGGGAGUGUUAGAUUUGUGACUUUGUAGCAGCAGGUUUUAUUAGGAAAGAGUCUAUUGGCCUUUUACAGGGUAUUAAUCCCUUUGUCGCUUACCAUGGAUGCCUUAAGUUCUUUUGAGUCUCAUUUAAGAACCUCUCUUUUCUCGAAGCAUGACGAGUGCACUCGAUACUUACUUGCUCACUCAUUUACCUGUCCCUCCUUCGUGCUGGUUUAUUUCCUCACACUUUCCAGCAUCAUGCUUCCUCCUUACAAAUAUGAUAUUCUUUAGUGUUACACUAAGGCAUUGAUCAUGUAUCUGUCCCCGUAAUGAAUUAAUAAACUAUUUUCCAGA